UUAUAAAUAUUAUUUUUAUAUUUACUGAACUAAAGAAAGGACUAUGCGCGCACAAAACAAAUAGAAAAAUCCAGCAAACUUGCAGUCUAGCAUUCUACCGUUUCCUGCGUAAGUCGGCAUUAUUUAUUUAUUUAUUUAUUCAAUGCUUAUGUGGGAUGUCCUAAAGGCAACAAAGUCUUCAGUACCAAAAAUGGAUCUAAAGCCAACCCCAGUUUCCAUCAAAAACCAUGGCUAUGUUCCUCAUCCUCAUCCUUUUCCUCUUACUCUUACCUGUUCUUAUCCUAAUCACAAAAUCAAAAAAGCCGUUGGAACGGGUGCCCCCGGGGCAGCUCGGGCUGCCCAUAAUCGGGCAAAGCUUCAAGCUGCUGUGGGCAAUGAGGUCUAAUACAGCAGAGCAAUGGAUUUCAGCCAGGGCCAAAAGAUAUGGCCCCAUCUCUAAAAUGAGCCUAUUUGGGAAGCCUACAGUUUUUGUACAUGGCCAGACAGCCAACAGGCUUGUGUUCGGCGGGGACGGAACCAAGCUCAGCAUCCAGCAGACUGAGUCUAUGAGGAUGCUGUUAGGGGAGCGGUGUCUGCUGGAGCUCGUUGGCGAGGAUCAUAAGCGCCUAAGGAAUGCGCUGACCUCGUUUCUAAAACCCGAGAGUUUGAAGAAUUAUAUUGGGAGGAUUGACGAGGAGAUCAAGUUGCAUUUAGAAGCUAAUUGGCAUGGGAAAGAGACAGUUACUGUACUACCUCUUAUGAAGACACUAACAUUCGACAUAAUCUGCACCAUUUUAUUUGGGGUAGAAAGGGGUGCAAUAAGGGAUGCACUUGUUGAGUAUUUUCAACAAAUGAUUGCAGGGAUGUGGACAUUACCGAUCAACAUGCCCUUCACACGCUUCAACCGGAGCCUCAGGGCAGCUGCCAAGGUCCGGGAGAUGUUGAAGGGGGUCGUACAUGAGAAAAGGAUUGAGCUAGAAAAGGGGGCCUCAUCUCGCCAAGAUCUCAUUACUUGUUUGCUCACCAUCCAUGGGGAUGAUGGCGAAGAAUUGAUCUCCGAGGAUGAAAUAAUACAUAAUAUCAUCCUCGUUAUGGUUGCAGGGUAUGACACAUCUGCCGUGGUCAUUACUUUCCUGGUUCGACUUUUGGCAAAUAAUGCACAAGUGCGUGAAACAGUAUUACAGGAACAAGUGAAGAUUAAAAACAAUAAGCCGCUCAAGGAAUUACUGACAUGGGAAGACCUGGGAAAGAUGAAGUAUACCUGGAGAGUAGCAAUGGAGACUCUUCGAAUGAUUCCUCCUAUUUUUGGAGGAUUCAGAAAGGUCAUGGAAGACAUUGAGUACAACGGAUACCUAAUACCGAAAGGAUGGCAAGUGUUUUGGGUGACGAGCAUGACUCACAUGGAUGGAGACAUCUUUCCAGAACCAGAAAAUUUUGAUCCAGACCGGUUUGUGAAUCCAGCUUCCAUACCACCUUACAGUUACAUUCCGUUUGGGGCCGGAGCUCGUAUUUGUCCAGGAUAUGAGCUUGCAAAGAUUGAAAUUCUGUCCACAAUUCAUUAUUUGGUUACAGAAUUUGAUUGGAAGCUCUGCAGCAGGGAUAACAGCUACAUAAGGGAUCCAAUGCCAGCUCCUGCUCAAGGACUUCCAAUCCAACUGUGUAAGAGAAAACUAAGUACAACCUGCUCAGAGUAAGAAAAAUUAUGGUGAUUAUUUCUUUAGUGAAAACCCUCCUGUUGAUUUCCUUGACAAGUAGCUCAAGAUUAAUUCUGAUGUUUCUGUAGAAUGUUCAGAAACUAAUAAAAUAUGAGUUCCUGAGAAGUGUUAACA